UUCUCCAACUGUGGAAAUAGAUUCUCCCAAUUAUGCCCAAAUUAGGAUGCUCUGUGAACUUUGACCAAGAAGGUGUCCUUGGACAGAAUGUGGUGGUGUACCCCUAUAACACCUGCCCUUUGGAGGCAGAGGUAAGAGGAUCAGGAGUUGAAGGUCGUUCUUGCAUACACAAAGAAUUCCAAGCAGCGAUUGCGGCUUUCUGUGGUUGCUACGAAAGCGAGCGGACAAGGAAACUGCGACUCGGUGGAGCAGGAGUACACCUGGGUGAGUGGCCUCGCCAUCAGCACCUGUGCGUUUGCUCUUCAUGGCCUCCCGCCGCUGGGCAGCGCGGCUUCAGGUCCUUGAGUAAAAGUACAAUCUUCCUGAAGUAAACUGAGACCAGAAGGGUCGUCCUUGACCGGAAGGGUCCAUCCUUGGUCUCUGCAGAGAGAUUAAGACUAAGCAACAGUUCAGAAUGCUCUUCAGGGGAGAGAGGGUGGCUUACGCAUUGAUGGCCAUUUCCUUCCUGACAUCAAGGCUGUCUGCUGGUCAGAACUGCCUCACCAAGAGUCUCGAGGACGUUGUCAUUGAUAUCCAGUCUGCACUUUCGAAAGGCAUCCGAGGCAAUGAGCCCAUACACACCGCAACUCAGGAAGACUGCAUAGGCGCCUGCUGUUCGACACAAGACAUAGCAGGGGACAAACCAUGUAAUUUGAUGAUCUUCGACACCCGGAAGGCGGACAGACAGCCCAACUGCUACCUGUUUUUCUGUCCCAGUGAGGAUGCCUGUCCACUGAAGCCAGCCAAGGGCCUUGUGAGCUUCAGGCUCAUCAGAGAUUUUCCACUGACCAGAGCUAAUUCAUCACUCCAACAGUUAACCCAAGAAGAAUCUCUCUUACUUGGCCACACCUCAGCAGGAGUCACCCCUGGCGUCCGUCCCUCAGCAGGUUACCCAAAGCCCACUGGCCUGUUUUGGAGAGACCUAUCCUCUCCGAAGUCCACAGCCUUCCCAGACUUGCACAAACUCGUCAAGAUUGAUGAAGCAAGCACACAGCUCCCUUCCCAUGAAGGAAAAAGCCAUUCUCAGAGUUUACAGCUUCCCUCGGAACUAAAAAUGGCUCAUCUGCUCCCUAAAACGGCAACGACUCCAUCUACCACGGUAGCUGUUGCUCCCCUCCAUAACGUCUCUGCCACCUUGAAGCCUGCACUUCCGUUGGCCAGCGUUUCAAUGCCACCUAAGACUUCAAAGCAGGAGGCCACCACAACUCCCCUUGUAACCACUGUGACCUCGAAGCUCCCAGCAGCCCCUGUGUCUACAAGUUUCACACCCAUGCUUACACUUCAGGCAGCUUUGACUACCAUCUUUCAGGCACAUGCAGAGCCGAAAGGCGUCUUAGAAACAGUGCCCUUUCGAGGAGGCUCUACGCUAACUUCAGACACAAAGCAUGGGAAGAGCCCUGCGGUCAUUGCUUUGUCAACCUCAGCGUCUUCCAUUACAAACCAGACUGCUUCCUGGCAGAACAGGAAGGUCAGUGGCGGCAGCGCAUCACUGAACAGGGGUCCAGAAAGCCAGCCUGGCCUUUCGUUUGAGAAGUGGCUUCUCAUUGGGACCCUCUUUAGUGGUGUUCUGUUUCUGGUAAUAGGCCUCGUCCUCUUGGGUAGGAUGUUGGUUGAAUCCCUCCGUAGGAAACGGUAUUCAAGACUUGACUACUUGAUCAAUGGGAUCUAUGUUGACAUCUAAAGACAAGUUAGGUGUCUCUUAGUUCAUGUAAGAACUUGUUGCCAAAUGGGCCUGUGUUCCUUCUGCCCAGGCCUUCUCAGUAGGAACUAUAUCUUGAAGAAUAGCCCUACUUCCCUUCGCCUUCCCCCUCUUCUUCCUCUUCCUUCUUUUCCUUUUUGAAACAGGCUCAGGUAGCCCAGGCUGGUUUUGAACUCCUGAUCUUCCUGCCUCUGCCUCCUGAGUUCAGGGGUUGCAGAUUUUCACAACCAUGUCUGAAUUUUUAAUUUAAUUUUUUUUUUUUUCAGUACUACAGGUCAGGACCUUCUGCAUGCUAGACCAGAAGUCUCCGCCUGAGCCACACCCUCAGUCCAACCACUUUCUGUUUGUUUGUCUUUUUUUUUUUUUUUUUUAAGAGGAAGAGAGAGGGGUUAAAAGAAACUAAACUAAGUUACUGAGUGAUCUGUUAGUAAAAUAAUAGCCAAAAGUAAUUCCUAACUAAAAUAUUAAGUAUACUUGAAUAUAAACUAGAAAUGUGUAUCUGGCUUUAGAUAAAGACAAGGCAUGGGUUUAGGACAUCUGAGCUGUGAUUCAUUACUAUUUCCCAUUCCAGAUAAUGGCAACUGUUUGAUACUAGUUUUAAUGGAUCCUCUUUUUCUUUUUUUAUAUGAAUUCCAAUAAAACUCAUUCCAGAUGUAUCUCCCUCCAAUUAAAUAUCUGAAUAAGU